AUGGAGGUUUCUCAAAUCCUCUCUAGUUUUCCAGGUGUUGAAGAAGCGAAUGUCUAUGGUGUACAGGUGCCUGGGGAAGCGGAGGGACGUGCAUGCAUGGCGGCCCUUCGUGGUCAGGACUUGCAAUCUAGAGAAAAACUGGAUGCCCUUCAAAGCCUUUGCGAGAAGGAGCUUCCCAGCUAUGCACGUCCCAAGUUCCUUCGAAUUUUGUCAGACAUGGAGAUCACUGGGACUUUCAAGCACCAGAAGGCCUUUGCUUCUUUCUUCGCUCCUGCCUCGCGCCUUGCGGGCUCGACCUUCCUGGCGGCCGUUCGACGGCGAGCGACCGCCCUGGCCUUCGGCUGCUGCGCUGCUGCCGCCUCGCGCUGCCGCGGACGCAGAUCCUGGGCCCACGCCCUCACUACGAUGUCGGCACGCCUCGAAUGUGACCGACAUGGAGUCCCGCAGUUCGACGGGACGGCAGAUGUGUUUGAAGAAUAUGAGGAACGGGCUUGGGACCUGUUCUAUGGAAGAGCUGGCAACGACGCCACCCAGAUCGCCACACCGAUCCACCUUCGUUCAGGGCUCACGGCCGCUGCUUAUGAUGCUGUUCGCAAGCUGAGCCAUGAAACCCUGUGCACUUCGAGGGAUGGAAAGGCGACCGAUGCUGGCAUGAAGCUCCUCAUCCGGACUCUCAAAGAGUCCAUAGCUGCUGAAGUUCCGGUGAGGAUCAACGAGCUCUUCCUGACCGCCUUCUACUCGCCCCAGGUUUGGAGAAAGCCCUCAGAGACGAUGCAACAAUAUAUUGUGAGAAGGGAGCAGGACUUCAACCGGCUGCUGGAAGCAUCAUCUGGCACCCAGGUCUCCGACAACCUCCGCAGUAUGAUGUUGCUGAUCUUCUCCGGCCUGGACCACCGCGAGCAGUUGAGCGUCCUUGCAAGUGUUGGCAAUGAGUAUGACUUCAAGAAGAUUAGUCAUGCCCUGAGGAUUCAAUACCCUCAAGCCACGGGCAAGCCACUUGCAAGAAGAGAUUAUUUGGGGGCCAGUCGAGGCUCACGAAGCUUCAAUGAUGGCCCACCUCAGAGCCGCUACAAGUGGAAGAUGACCCAAAGGGCUCGUUCAGUUUUGGCUGCAACCCAUGAAGAUGAGGAUGACGACCCUGCAGCCGACCUCGGCGAAGAGAUCUUCUACGAAGAUGAGGUUCCUGAGGAUGACGAGCCGGCAGAUGAGGCCUUCGUGAACUACUCCGACGAUGAAGAGUUGGAGGCCCUCCUGAACGAGAAUCGAGAACUGCUAGAUGAUUCCCAGGUGGCUGAAGCAUACGCCACCAUUGCUCAGUUCAAGAAGAAGAAGAAGCAGUUCAGCACUUCUCCCAAGAAGAGCUCAGGAGGACAAGGUGGUCCAUAUCCCUUCAAGGCCACCGGAGAAUUGAGUUUUGAUGCCAAGGCCAAAGAACAGCGCAAGUCAGCUGUUCGCUUCUUGAAGAGCGUCACUCCAUGCACCACUUGCGGCCAGCGUGGUCACUGGUCCGGCGAUGCAGAAUGCCCUCAACGCUCCAACACCAAGAAGGGCAAGGGAAAGGGAAGUCAGGCCAAGAAGAAAGCCUCACCGAAGAGGACAUCGCAAUCCUUCUUUGCGCUCCACGACCAGAUCGAGUCUGAUGAAGAAGCUGAGGUUCAGUUCACUGAGACCUGCAACCUGAAGGACUUCCAGCGGCCCUUCCAUGCUGCUAUGGAGAAGGAAUGGUCCACCCUUGUCGCCAACAAUGUUGUUUUGGAGCAUCCUGUCAUCAACAUCGCGGACACCUCUGAAGUGCCACCGAAGGACAUGGAUCAUGAGAAUGCCUUGCCCCCAACGUAUGACCUGAUCCAUGAGUACGCCGACAUGACGGCGAAUGACCCAGUCCUCGACUCCAUCGACGGCACUGGACGGAAUGCAGACGCCUACAUGAUGGCGAAUGACCCGGUCGCUGACCCCUCCGACGGCAAUGGACCGGGAGCUAGUUUCACCGCUUCCAAGUUUUCCGAAUGCUUUGUCAACUUCAAGAGCCCAAUCCUCUGCGAGCAUGCCCGAGGAAAUGGUGGUCCUGAGCGUCAAUAUCAUCGUGGAGCAAACGGCCACACGAGACACCUCUCCUGCAAGGAUUGUGACAAGACUGUUUUGGUCGCCCGCCGGAAAGAACCUGUUCAGUUGUGGGGCUACUUAGUCCAGGUUCUCAUGGCCACAAAGUGGGGAUCAGCACUUCGAUCCGAGGGUCUCUACCGCUAUGCAGGCCGACUGACUCACGAGUACGCUGGGCUACGUCCUCUACCACCACCUCGCGGUUCCUCCGCUAUGUCAGCUGCGCCCUCAGCCUGGGAGUUGGUUGCACCGAGCACUCCUUCAGGCUAUGUCAAGUCGCCUUCUUCACCAAGUACCACUUCGGAAAUGUCAACCGCACGGAUCGUGCGACAGCCCAGGCAUCAGGCCUGGCUCUAUGGAGUGCAGCUUGCACCAGGUGUUGAACUUCCGCCAUUUCCACCACUUGCGGAAGGUGAUGAAGACAUCUUGAUCCCUUUGCCUUCGGAUCAGGAACCUUUGAUGUUGGAGCAGGGAACGAUUCCUUUUGCAGUUGCUUCUGCCUCUCCCGAGUACGAGCCCUACUGCCAGCAGGUAUUGAAGCAUGCCUUGGACAAUCAGCCCAUGGACCCGACGGUGUAUCGCUUUGCCUUCUACCUGUACGGCAAGGUCAAACUGGCAUGGGCAGCUGGUCACCGACUCGUGAAGGGUGCUGGAUCUUCCGCUGCCAAGCGAGGCAAGUCUGAUGACAUGACCGGCACGAGGUACAUGAUCUUCCCUGUACGAGCAGAUCCAUCUAUGCCUGCUCAGGUCCAAGAGUGCGAAUGCAUGAUGGUUGCCUCCGAAGAGAUCGAGGAGAACGUCAAGUAUGAGGCCUUUGCACUCGAAGCGCAAGACCCUCCAGGCCUGGCCAUCCUCGACUCCGGCUGCACAAGAACCAUGCACGGUUCAGAAUGGGCACAUCGCUUUGAAGAAGAGAUCUCCAAGUAUGACCUGGUGCCCAAGGUCCGUGACAAAAGACAAACCUUCAAGGGCAUUGGAGGAGCAGCCGAGUCCAAGAUUGUAAAAGUUUUUCCAGUUGGCAUUGGAGGAUCACACGGAGUCAUCCACUCUGCCAAGACCGACGGCCAGACACCAAUGCUGAUCUCUCGACCUUUCAUGCAGGCCCUUGGAACCAUCAUCGACUUGAAGAACAACACCGUGUCCUUCAGCGAGCUUGGCAUCAGUUCACUGCCACUUCAUCGCACUCGGAGAGGACACUUGGCCAUUAGCCUGCUUGACUUCAGCGACAUCAAGUCCAACAUCGACUUUGAAAAGGCUCAGAUCUCAGAGUUCCCUGAGGAAGAGGUCUACAUCCAUGACGAGACCUACGAGCUUCCCCUUGAUGCCCGCAUCGACUAUGAUGAGUACGACAUGAACCCCGAUGACUGGGCAGACCAACAAGAAUGGUUGGAUAUGAUGAGGGAAGAAGUCGCCAUGACCAAGAUGUACGAAGCCCGUCAGGGACCCUGGGCCAACAAACCUCCUGAUCCACCUGAACCAGAUCAAGCGUUGUUCCUCGACCUUGAUGAGCCACCAGAUGAUGGCCACCACUGUGAUGAUGAAGACAUCUUCCUGUCCAUGGUUGACGAGGGACACUUCACUACACGGAAGCCAAGUUCCAAAAAGGGCAAGAAGCUUGAGUCCAUGAAUCUCUCCCUUGAUGGCGACGACUACAAUCGCUCUCGCAUCCUCAAGAAUGAGAACACCAUCAAGGUGAAACGCCGACCUCCUUGCGGCAAGACAUGGUUCAAACAGCUUUUUGCUGGGCAGCUGGGCAUUUCCCUCCUUGGCAUCUUCAUCGGCAUGAGCAUUGGCAUCCCCUUGGAUAUCACUUCAAGCUCUUGGGAUGCAUCUACUUCUGCUGGUCGCCGACGGUUGCAUCAGGACUAUCAGGUCGAAGACCCCUACUGCACGAUCAUCACCCAUCCGUGCGGACCUUGGGGAUCCUGGUCAAGAUUCAACCUUGCCAAGGGAGGUCAAGCUGCAGAGACUGUCAAGGCACUCCGUGAAUCCAACCGUGAAGUCCUCAAGACUGUCAACAAGACUGUGAAGGACAGACUUCGAGCCAAGCGACAUGUCUUCAUCGAGCAGCCCGCCGGAACUGAGUCGCUAUGUGAAGAUGAGAUGAAAGACAUUAUGAACUACAUCACCUCCGGCGACCUGAUCCUGCUCCGUGUUGAUGGCUGCAUGGUCGGCUAUCACGACCGAGAGAGCAAGUUGCCCCACUACAAACCGUCAAUUUACAUCACCUCCAUGAUUGCUGCAGAGCCCAUCUUUGCUAACAAGUGCUGCAGCAGAGACCACCGUCAUGAACCUCUGGAGGGAAACAACACCUAUGGUUCUCGGACUACACAAGCUGCUGAAUGGCCCGAGAAACUCAACCAGUUGGUCCUGGACACCAUCAUCCAACAAGCCGCAAUCGAGACCGAGGCUCACUCAGGUGUCCACGAGGCUUUUCCCAGUGAAACCCGAGGUCAUGACCAAGGUCAAGGAGGCAGUCCCAAAAGACAGAAACUGCGACGAGGUCGAGUCGCCACACUCGGCUCCAACUUUGGCACACCACCGGUCUACAUCCGACCUGGCCAAUUGGAAGAUCCACUACCUCAAGAACCACAAGAUGAUGAUGGAGCACCGCAAGACGACCAUGACUUCAGGGCUGAACGUGCAGCCGCCUUGGACCCCAUCCUCAGCAUUGGAGAAGGUGAACGUCGCCAACAGUGGCUCCAGAUCGAUCCUGAGAUCAGAAAGAUCCUCCGUGACCUCCACACCAACUUUGGUCAUUGCACGAACACCACUCUCCAAAGGAUCCUCCGUCGUCAAGGUGCAAAAGAAGAAGCAAUUCGAGGAGCUGGACUUCUGGCCUGCGAUGCCUGUGGUGAUAGCAUCAGAGCCAAGAGACCAAAGCCAGUCAGACUUCCAAACAGAUAUGAGUUCAACAGGCACAUCCUGAUGGACACCUUCUUUGCAAAGGACAGUGCCAACUCCACCUAUGCCUUCUUGAACAUUGUUUGUGAUGCCACCGGCUUCCAGGUUGUUUGUUGUAUGGGCCUACACUCCGGAGUCCCGUCUUCAAGUGUAGCACUUCGCCAUUUUGCAACUUCCUGGACUUCAUGGCGCGGGCUCCCUCACAGUAUUCAAGUUGAUAGAGGAAAGGAGUUCAUGGCAAGGUUCGCAGACCACCUCAAGACCUUCGGCAUUGAGCAAGAGGUCAUGCCCUUGGAAGCUCCAUGGAAAGGUGGACGCUGUGAACGAGCUGGCGGUCUUUGGAAAGAUCUUUGGAUCAAGACAUGCCUUGAGUGCCAAAUCGUUGGAUUAGAUGAUGUCAUCCUGGCCACCGGCAUUGUCACUCAGACCCGCAACAGCUUUCCACGAAGUAAUGGAUACUCACCCAACCAAUGGGUGCUUGGUGUUCCCGAACUCCGACUACCUGGCUCACUGCUCACGAAUGAAGCCGGACAGCAACUAGAAGUUCUUGAGGCAGCUGAAAACCCACAAUCACAGAUGGCAAAGACACUGCAGAUCCGUGAAGCUGCCCGUGUUGCUCAGGUCAGACUGGACACAGACUCUCGUAUUCGCAGAGCCCUUCUUCGUCAGAGCACUCCAACAAGAGGACCAUACCCGAUUGGAUCCUACGUCUACUUCUACAAGAAGCAGCUUGGUCCCCAGCGAGUGACUGACAAACGACAGUACAACUGGUUUGGUCCAGCGAGAGUGAUUGGUGUGGAACUUCGCAACCCACGUCGUUUAGAAGAUCAAGAUCCACCCACUGAAGGCGGUCAACCACACUCCUAUUGGCUUCGCUACGGACCUUCCGUUGUCUUGGCCACAGGUGAGCAACUCCGAUUCGCUUCUGAAGACGAGCUUUUGGCCGCUCACUGCAUUCCCUCUUAUGCAGUUCAAUCUCGCUCACUUCGUGGUGCUCGCAACUAUGUCGACGCCCGGCCACUCCAGCUUGAGAACCUCAACCUGCCAGGGGGUUCCGUCGUCGAUUUUUGGCAUGUUUCUGGCGAUGGCCGUGUGGUUCGUGUGCAUCAACAACCACGGUUUCUUCUAUUUCAUCCCGCUGACCAAGGCUGCCCUGUUGACUUGGACCAGCUCCAGAAUGUGCGAGUCACUGAAGCCAUCUACACGGCUGAAGCAAGAGAUCACGCCCUGACUGACACCAUUGAAGAUGAUUGGCGUGCCAGCGAUCCACAAGAACAACGUCCACUCACCUUCCAAUGGACAGGCGAGACCAUCUUCUACCUAAUCAACCAGCCAGAUGGCGAUGACGGCGACAUGGUCUACACACCAUCAGUGCCGCCCCAAGACCUACCAGGGGGUGAAGAUCUUCCUCCAGUUCCGGAGGACAAUGAACUUGAUGCACCACAACCGCCACAGCCACCAGCUCAGGAACCACAGCAAGAGAUAAGGACGGGCGCCGCCCUUCCUCGGCAAACCAGUGUGGCCGAACCAGAGCCACAACCACUUUCCAGGCUCAACACGCCGCCUGACCCACAAGCAGGACGAGCGUUUCCACUUCAUGUGCCACCAACUCCGCCAGUUGGCUUCAGACCACCGCAGCCCACGGCAACAUUGGACACCGCCAGACGGGACCCUGACCGCCUCGAUGGUUAUGGCCCCACCACGUCCAAUAACCAGCCCCGGGUCUACCCCGGACCGUACCUGGCCGAUCCAUGGCCCGAUGAGUGCAAUGACCUCCAGGCAAUGCUCACUGGAAAGGCUGCAGUUCGCUCAGAGAUCAAUCUCGCAGCUCUCUCACCAGAAGACCGCCUCAAGUUCGAUGCCAGCAUGGAGAAAGAAUGGCUGAGCUGGCAGAAGUUCAGCGCUGUGGAGAUCCUCACGGAUGAACAGACCCAAGCACUGCCCGACGAUUGUCAGGUGAUCGGCACGCGGUGGGUUCACACCGACAAGAACUCCAAGCCUCGAGCACUGGCAAUGGCCCUCGCUCGCAAGACGGGCAAGUCAGAAGAUCAGAUCAAGGCCGAGUACCCGUUCGAAGCAAAGUCAAGAAUGGUGGUACAAGGGUGCCAAGAACAAGAUCAAGGCAUCCGCAGUGAUUCACCUACAGCAUCGCUCCUCGCCUUCAACUUUGUUACGGCCAUCACCGUUGUCAUGGGAUGGACCAUUGAGGCCUAUGAUGCCAGCACGGCAUACCUUCAGAGCCAAGGCAUCUCAAGGCUGCUGAUCUUGAGGCCACCAAGGCCUCCACCUCCGGGCAUCUCUCCACUCUCACUGCUGAGAGCAAAAGGAAGUAUCUACGGCACUCGUGACGCCGGGCGCUCUUGGUGGAGAAAGCUCUAUCGUGUGCUCCUCAGCAAGCAAUGGGUGAUGAGCAAGCUGGAACCUGCACUCUUCUUCCUCUACGAGGACAAGAACCUGACCGGCAUCCUGAUCUCUCAUGUAGAUGACCUCUACUGUUCCGGCAUUGGCAAGCUAUAUGAAGAGUCAAUGCGUAUCCUCGAGAAGGAGAUCUACCUGAAGAAGAAAGUUGGUGAGUUCCGCUUCUGCGGGAAGAAUGUCAAGCAGCUCCCAGACGGCUCGAUCGCUGUCGAUCAAGAAGAUGCAAUCUGGAGCCUCGACUAUGUGGUCCUGGACAAGAAGCGACGUGCUCAGCCAAAUGCACGCCUGACCGAGCCUGAGAAGACACAGUUCCGAGCCCUCAUUGGCUCACUUGGCUGGAUCGCGCGCCAGACGCGACCAGAUGUUUUGGUGAAUGUCAGCAUCGCUUCACAACAGCUGGGCUCUCCCUCCAUCAAGGACAUGGUGGACCCGAACAAGGUGGUCCGAGUCUUGAAAGAGACACCAGCUGAGAAGUGGAACUUCAUCAAGCCUCCGUGCGAGCUCAAGGACCUGGCUGUCUUUGCCAUGUCCGACAGCAGCUUUGCCAACACCAACGGCUUGAAGAGCCAAACCGGCUAUGUCGUCGGCCUUUGCACCUCCGAGAUCACCACCGGUGUUCCCACGGCCAUUUUGGUUUUGGAGACCUACAGUGGCAGCAUCAAGCGGGUAUGUCGCUCGACUUUGGCUGCCGAGACGAAUGGUUUUUUGACAGCCGCCGAAGCUGCCGACUAUGUGAGGUCGCUCCUGCUGGAACUCCAGCACCCUGGCUGUCGCAUGGCGGACCUCGACCGCCACUUCGUGAAGGAAAAGCUCCACCUCUUCACGGAUGCCAAAAGCCUUGAGUCUACGCUCAACAAAGACGCAGGGCAACCGAACGACAAACGGGUGAGGAUUCUCCUUGCCCAGGUGAAGGAAAUUUUGGACCGAGCGGCCGACGACGAGCCAGACCUCCAGGUUCUUUGGGUUGACACAGCCCAAAUUCUGGCUGAUGUUUUGACUAAGGUUGGCUGUGAGAGGGAACCUCUCCUUGAAGCCCUUUCAAAGGGGACCUGGACCCUGCGAGCUUCUGAAGAAGCACAAGCAAGGAAGCAGGCCAUUCGAGAUGGCCGUAAGCGCCGAAAAGUGCAGCUGCGUGAUCAGGGCUUUGACCCAUCGAAGGUCCCGGAUCCCGUCUUCAUGAUGGACCCCAAAUCCCACCGCUACGUGCCUAUGGAUUCGCAGCUCUUCACACAGUUGCAGCAGGGCAGAUCCAAAUUGUGCCCUGGUGCCAGAAGUCGUCAGUCACUUCUCGCCAUAUAA